AUGCCAGAAACACUUAUCGUUCCUACAGAUGCACAGGUCCUCACAGAGCUGGAGAAUUACAAGGAAUCACUGGACCGCCCGAGUAUUCUGAAAAGGAUGCGUAACGAAAAGAGCUGGUCUCUCUCAGAUACACGUCUCAAACGACUGAUGUCAGAGAAAGACAGCAGUCGAAGCCGUUACAUUCCUCAAGUCCCCUGCAAUGUUGAUUUCCUGGAAGCGGACAGUUCACUGUUAGCGACAUAUUGCAAUGCCCUGACACAGUAUCCUUCCGAGUUUCCAGCUCUUCUAAAUUCCGCAAGCUUGCAAACAUUGCAAGUCUCAGAAACCACAGACCUUCCGCCUCCUGCUCUGCCGAGGGACGCAUUGGGAGCACAGCUCCGAUUCUAUGAAAACCAUAAGCAUCAAUUAUUCAUUUUGUAUGGACGAGGGGAAUAUGACUACGCCGUUGGACACAAUACUCAGAUGGCAAUGUUGCAUUCGAUUGUUCAACUGCGCAUAUUCGAAUUGCUCGAAGGGAAGUCGAGACCUCUGUCCGAGGAGGAUCAGAUAACGAUGAACAGUUGGAGCGGCGUACAAACAUUCUUCGAAUUCUAUGAGGCUGCAGGGAAGAAAGCUGGGCUCCCUGCCAACGAUGUAGGACGCCAGUUCGAAGCCGAGUACGGCGUCAACCCCCUCGUUCGGCGCACACCAGAGCAGAACGAUCCGAUGUGGCGUACAGCCUACGACCGCGCAAAGGAGUCAAUACACAAGAAAUACACCUUACCCGUAUUGAGACAGUUAUCCCAGCACCCGAAAACACGAGGGACGGUGCCCUUAGACAGCAAUGGUGAACCAAUAUACGACCCAAAGGUGUACGGGAGAUUUGCGUUCAUUAUUACAAAACUGUGCUUCAAACUUUGCGCUGGCAUUGGAGAGGCAAAUACACAUAUUGGGAAUAGAAUCAGUGCAGAUAAUCAAGCCGAGGUAUUUCUUGCCUGA